AUGUUACGUUUAGCAAUAUUUUGCUGUCUCCUAGUCUCUAGUACUUCUGCCAAAAUAAAUGAAACGGAAAUUUGUGAUGAUAUUGCAGCGAUAAAAGCGCAAGUUUCUAAUGUUUUGGCGGACUUGGAAGCCAAGUUUACGUUUUGUGAAAUCGCCUAUCCCUCGAGUUGUUCAGCUGACUCAACCAAUAGCAGCGAGAUACUAAUUCGCGUACCCGAGUACAGUGUAAAGCCCUUUGAAGUGGCCUGCGAUCAGCAGAAUGUCGGCGGUGGCUGGACCAUAAUCCUGCGGAGAACCGAUGGCAGCGAGGACUUUUACCGCGGAUGGGCUGACUACAAGGCAGGAUUUGGCCAACUCAGCAAUGAGUUCUUUUUGGGACUGGACAAAAUUAAUGCGCUCACCAAUGCGAAGACACAGGAACUGUUGGUUAUGCUGCAAGAUUUCAGCGGUAAUGAGGUCUACGAGACGUUUGAUAACUUUAGGAUCGGCAAUGAGCACAGCAACUACACCCUCGAAUCCAUCGGAACGGCCAGAGGAAAUGCCGGAGAUUCCCUCGCCUACCACGUGGGCAAACCAUUUGGCACCAAGGAUCGGUAUUACGGCGAUCCAAAGCACAAUUGCUGUGAUGUGUGA